CACAAACAGAAUGGAGAAGCAGAGUGAAGUGGUGGUGUUUGGGAUGUGGAAUAGCCCCUACACCACCAGAGUUGCACUCGCCCUUAAACUUAAGGGCAUACCCUACGAGUACAUAGAGGAAGAUUUAGCAAACAAGAGUGAACUGCUGCUCCAAUCCAAUCCAGUCCACAAGAAAGUACCUGUACUGGUGCACAACGGCAAAUCCAUCGCGGAAUCGCUCGUCAUUCUCGAAUACAUCGACGAAUACUGGAACAACACUCCCAAACUGUUACCAGAGGAUCCUUAUCAGAGAGCCAAAGUUCGUUUCUGGGCCAAUUUUCAUGAUCAGAAGCUCAUGCCAGGUGGCUUACAUUGCAUUAUGUCAAAGGGCAAAGAGCAAGAGAAGGCCAUAGAAGAUUACUAUGGGUUGCUUAAGGUGUUUGAAGACGGUACUGAGAGGGAUUUUCAACAGAAACCUCCUUUCUUCAAUGGCGACACCCUUGGGUUUCUUGACAUUGUGGUAGGAUCAAGUUCUUGCAACUACAAAGCUUUUGCCGAGGCCUUCGGUUCGAGUAUCGAUCCAGAAAAGCACCCAGCAUUUUUAUCCUGGCUGUCUGCUCUGUUAGACUGUCCUCUGAUGAAGGAGACACUCCCACCCCAUGACAAGGUUGUUGCAAGGUUGAGAGAGAAGUUUUCCCUGUCUCCUAAAGUUGAUUAGUAGGGGAAACUAAAUUAAAGAGACACUGAUUUGGUUCUAUCAAUGUAUGCAUAUGCCAAUGAAUAAUCUGUUUUAAAAAGAGUAAAAAGUAAUAUGCAUGUUUGUGAACAAAUAUAUUAAUGUCUGUUCGUGCAAUGAUCAUAAAUCACAAGAGCCAAUAAAUAUUUACAUUA